AACUUUACACAAGUGUUGAAAGAUAUUCGACAAGAGUACUAUUGAGCUACACAACCGAAGCUUCGACAAAACUAACCUAUCUAAUCGUUACAAAAAAGACGCAUAAAACAUCAAAAUGCCUAUUUUGGAUAAGCGAAAAGGAGACGAUAUCUUAGCAUUAGUUCCUGCUUCAAAAAGAACCAAAAAUGAAGUCGUCUUCAGCAGCAGAGAAAAAGCAGUGGUUCAAAGCGGACCACCACGAACAUCAUCGUUAAUGGCUCCUAUCAUGCUCCUGGAAGGACAUCAAGGCGAUGUUUUUUCGCUUGAAUUUCAUCCAGAGGGCCAAUAUCUUGCAUCUACUGGAUUUGAUCGACAAAUCUUUAUUUGGAAUGUCUAUGGGGAAUGUGAAAAUAUCUCUACAAUGACUGGUCAUAGUGGAGCUGUAAUGGAAUUACAUUUUAGUCCAGAUGGAAGUAACUUGUAUACAGCUAGUACAGAUAUGACCUUAGGUUUAUGGGAUAUAGUAGUAGGCACAAGAAUCAAAAAAUUAAAAGGACAUACCUCUUUUGUUAAUUCUAUAGCUGGAGCUAGAAGAGGACCUACACAAUUAUGUUCAGGUAGCGAUGAUAGCACAAUACGUGUUUGGGAUCCAAGAAAAAGAGGACAAUGUUAUACGUUGAAUAAUACAUAUCAGGUAACUUCAGUAACAUUUAAUGACACGGCAGAACAAGUAAUAAGCGGUGGCAUUGACAAUGAUAUUAAAGUAUGGGAUUUGAGAAAAAAUUCAAUCCUUUACAAAUUAAAAGGACACUCCGAAACUAUUACUGGAUUAAGUCUUAGUCCUGAUGGUUCAUAUAUUCUAUCAAAUGCCAUGGAUAAUACUUUAAGAAUAUGGGAUGUAAGACCUUUUGCUCCAUACGAACGUUGCGUGAAAAUCCUGUCUGGUCAUCAACAUAAUUUCGAAAAAAAUCUUCAAAGAUGCGCAUGGUCUCCAGAUGGUAGUAAAGUAUCAGCCGGUUCAUCAGACAGAUUUCAAUAUAUUUGGGAUACCACUAGUCGUAGAAUAUUAUAUAAAUUACCUGGACAUAAUGGCUCUGUAAAUGACGUUGAUUUUCAUCCAAAGGAACCAAUAGUGUGCUCUGGAUCAAGUGACAAACAAAUAUAUAUAGGAGAAAUCGAAACAUAAUCAAUACUUUAUAAAUUAUACUUUUGUAUAUACAAACGAGUACUACAAUUUGUCUUUUAUUGAAAAAAAUGAACGUAAAUUAGUCAUCAUCACGAAUAAUAUACAUAUUCGUCCGUCGAUAAUAUUAUUCUCUUGUUUAUCAUCAGCGCAAAAAUUUUAAUCGAACGAAUGUACUGACAUCUAUAAACGUAAUUCUCUACCAUA